AGAAAAUUCACAUUUUAUUGUAUAUUUUUAGCCCAAAUCCCUGAGAUCCACACAAGAACAUCUAUUAUCUUUGUUGUUACUGUAUUUAUUAUCCCCACAAUGGUCUAGCUGUCAGGUCUCCCAGUGUGACCAGCUUCCAAGAAAUCCUCUCAGCAAGGCUGUAAAAUCAGCUAAUAUUGGAAAGCCAUUUGUGCUGGUUUAAGCCGUUUUUUUCCAGCAGGGAAUAUAAACAUGCAGAGUUUCAAAGGGAGGGCAUUUUAAAAGAGACGCAAACUGCCGGCAGCAGUUUAAGGAGGGCAUUUAAGAAGAGGACCUCAAAGAGAACACUUCCAGAAUGAAGAACCAAAGCAGAGUUCUGAGUGUUAUUCUGCCCAAUAACAAAGAACUGAGCAUGACUGUUGGGGUUAAAGACAGAGGUCAAGACGUGUUCAAACAGCUGUUCAAGCUACUCGGCACCUCAGAUCUUACCCUCUUUGGUCUGAGUGUGGAAAAGGACAGUCAACCCCUGUUUUUGGAUCUGGAGCAAAAAUUGUCCUUGUACCUCCCAAAGUCCUGGAGAAAGAAUACAUCAAAGGAGAAAGUGAUUCUCUCCCUCAAAGUGCAGUACUUUGUAGAAAAUGUUCAACUAAUUUUAAACAGUGAUACCCGUCAGCUGUACUAUGCUGGGCUGAAAGGGAGAGUUUUGAGAUCAAAGUGCUUUGAGCAAGAAGGACUGUAUUUCCAGCUUGCUGCAUAUGCCCUUCAAGCGGAUCUUGGUGACUGUGAAGAGCACAACUUUGCAUACUUCAGCCCACAGGGAUUUUUCCCUUUUUGGAUUGUACAGAAGCAUGGGAAUGAUUAUAUCCUGAAGCACACCCCCGCCCUGCACAGAGAGCUUAAAGGAAUGUCAUCCAGCGAGGCUGCCUUGCUUUUCAUACAGGAAGCGUUUAUCUUGAGUGAUGUGCCUCUCACCAUCUAUAGAUUGUCCAAAGUUAUAAUCAAGGCCAGUCAAGUCCAGAUUCAGAGUUAUGUCUGA